UCGUCCGCACUUUCCCCGCGAGGCCUCUGCGUGAGCCCCGCGCCUUGCCUGCUCGCCGUGCCCGCGAGGCUCAAUGGAGCCGGGGGAGGGAGGGGGGGGCUCGUUGAAGGCUUCGAGCGGCACCGCGGUGGUCUUGGCCAACUUGUGUGCAGGCACCUACACUGGAGUUGUCGUCGCUCUUUGUAGGUGACUGGAGUUGUUGCUACUCCGUGUAGGAGGAGUAGAGCCUUGAGACACGUGCAGACUGUCAAGCACGGCGCCGCGUUGACGCUCGCAGUGAACGCAGGACGCGUGGUGCACGCGAGGCGCGGGGCCGAUUCUGGAAUGACAACAGACGAAGUGUCCCGUCGUUGUGUGGGGAAUUGGGGGAAACGUCCCUUUAAUAACCAGUCUCUCCAUGGGCAGCAACAUCGAUCAUCAUUAUUAUUAUACUCCCACGUCUAUGCUCCCCCGCCAUCAACACGCACGAUGAUGAACCCGCAUGGGGAGGCUCUCCUCUAGCAGUGGAUUGACGAAAAUAGUUUCAUUUAUGUGCCUGCAGCAACACGAGUAAUUUAUUUGCUACUGUACAUGUAUUUUAUACAUACAGUAUGUUUAAGUACAUUUUAGCCGCACAUCACUUACGUUAUAUAUAUAUAUUGACUCAAUUCUGUUACGAUGACUUAAUUUUUAUUUGAGCAUUUUUAUUUCCUUGUUCACACAUUUGUGCUCAAAUGCCAAGCUUACGCUCCCCUAGUUAACGCCCCGUUACAGGCGCUGGAGCAGAGCCGUCCGCUCAUCUCAUCAUCUCUCCGGAGUCGCUAAAAUAAGUACCGUUCUACUUUGUGGGAACACAGCAGUUCUCAUUAUAUGGAGAGACUGCCACCAGCCAUAAGAAUGUGGAAUUAGUAUCAUUGGCUGAGGGCCACAGAGACGAGCUUGAGAGACACUUUGACCUGACCCCUGUACCAAUGGAACCAUUGACUAUAACAAAACAGUAUUAAAACCAAUCUCCGUAGAUCAUUUGCACUGGAGAGACUUUGGAGGAUGCAAGAUGAUGCAGGGCGUGUCCAGGCAAUGAAGAAUGCGGUACCGAAGAACGACAAGAAAAGGCGCAAGCAGCUUGCGGAUGAGGUCGCACAGACGGAGGCCGAGCUGGAGGCACGCCACGAACGCGAGAGACUCGUGCUCGCUGGGGAGCGCAGCGAGAGCCAAGCAGCCACGGUGGGGAGCGUGUUGGAUGCGCUGGCCAGUGUGGAACUGACUUCGGUUGCAGAAGAUGCAGGGAAGACGGAGACGCAGCUGCGUGUGAGCAAGGCCCAGAAGCGACGGGACAAGAAGGCUGCGAGCGAGAGGGAGCGCGAGGCUCGUAUCGCGACGGCCGAGUUGAACGAGCUGACUCACGGCGCGCGUCACCUCGAGGGCCGCCGUGUGGCCGACUUGCUGGCCGCCCGUGGCCUGCACGCCCGGCCCGUGCCGCCCGAUGGCCACUGCAUGUACGCAGCCGUGCGGCACCAGCUGGAGGCACGGGCGGGCCCCGCGCUGUCCGUCGCCGAGUUGAGGGCGUGUGCCGCGAGCUACAUACGGCAGCACCGCGACGAAUUUGCACCAUUCCUCACUCAGGCUGGCACGGGCGAGGCGUACACAGAUGAGGAGUUUGACAAAUACUGCGAUGAGGUGGAGAAGACUGCAGCAUGGGGAGGCCAACUGGAGCUAAGGGCCCUGUCUCAUGCAUUGGAGACGCCCCUGGAGGUGGUGCAGGCGAGCGCUCCUCCCAUCACCAUCGGGGACGAGUACCACGUUCCGCCCAUCACACUCAUCUACAUGCGCCACGCCUACGGCCUGGGGGAGCACUACGACUCUGUGGAACCCAUCCCCGAGGGGGGCGGCGCAGAGGGAGGAGGAGAGGACGGAGAGAGCGGUCGCUGAGAACCUCCCCGGCAGGAGAGAGCCAGCGCCGUCAAACUCCUCGUUUGGAAUUCCAAGCGGCCACUACGAUUUACAUCCUGCAAGUGUGUCGUGAUGUUCGUGGUCUGCUUAGCUCGGUCACCAGUGAAUGCACGAGAACGGGCGUUGUAAAAACUUGCUUUGGCAUGGAAUUCAGACGCGUUUACUCCAAAAGGCGUAUGUGUCAAAUGGGCAUGGCAUGAAACACCCACGCAUUUGCACAGCUAAAGACAGAGGUGUGGUGGUUGUGGAAAAUAGACUAUUGGAGAAUUUCAACCGGAAUGUUGUCAAUUGAGUUGUUCAGAUUGUAAUGUGUGACUCUUAACAGUUGUGGGGAUAACAUGCUUUGCUUUGCCUAGUUGGCAAAAGGCAAGAUUGAAAAUGUAAAAUAAAUGCGAUACCAGGAUGUAUUCUUGUAAAAUUGCACUGGAUCGCUCUCGCGAAAAAUAUUGCGGUAAAUUUGCACAGUGCAUUCUGGGUUGAGCAGCAUUGUUAAGGGUAGCAAAAAUCAGGAGUUGAGCAGUUCAUGGGAGGCAAACGGCUUCAGUAUUACAUGGUGGCAUUCCUGCAGAAACUACCUGUGCUGCUGAUAAUGUAGUCCAGUGUUCUUCACUAAUUUUCAGAGGGGGGGGGGGAAAUUUUGACAUCAGUGUGAGCACCGACCGUCACACAUUUCCAACUAUUGGGGGUUUGACAGCACUAUGAUUGAUGGGGGGUGUUUUCACAAUUGUGUAUUGUCGGGGGUCGCACGUCAGGGGCCGCACUUAAGGCCACCAGGGGCCACCAGGGGCCACCAGUGGCCCGCAGGCCUUGUAAUGAGGACCACUGAUGUAUCAGAAUCUUUAUUUAUACUGGAGCAAUCCAAUGAGCUAUGCAACUAUUUUUCACAGAUGUCCAAUAGUCACAGAUGUCCAAAUGUAGUUGGUGGAUGCAGCCAUUGCUGUUCUCGGUUGAUAACGUUGCUUGCAUGGGGAAGAGCGCCCAUCGUGGGUGGUAGGGGCAUCGUAAAGCCUGCGCUAAUCAUCGUAGAGCCUUCCUCAAUUUAACCGCUGAACUUCUCCCUUCACUAUUUUUAGUACAAUUCGUUGUUUACAAUCUGCACUUUGUCACGUCCCCAUAAGUUAAAAUUAAAUAUUUUGCAAUUUCUUAGAAUUUUGUGUUUACAAUCGUUAUGUAUUCAUUGGGUCUUUCGGUAAAGCCACGUAGAUCGAAAAAUUUUCAAAAAUAUCACGACGUUUCGAUCGCAACACAAGCCAUCGUCAUCAGGUGAUGACGAUGGCUUGUGUUGCGAUCGUGACUUUACCGAAAGACCCAAUUAAUAUGAAUUCCUGCAGUCACGAAAGCUUAAAGUCAGGAUUUAAUUGCGACUUUCUUAACUACCAGGUGGUUCCCGUGGCAUUUCCAUUUUUAAAAUCGUCUCGGCAUUAAAGUGACUCCCAAGAAUCCCAAGGCUGCCAUACUUCUGGCUCUCCAAGCCUCUGGCUUUAAAACUGAACCCUUUAAGUCCUGAAGGGGACUUGGUCUGACUCUUCGUGUGCUGUGUCUCCUGCUAUAUAUGUAUAUGUGGGUCCGAUGCAAACGGCUUACUCGUUUAUAUGUAAAAUGUAAACGUGACACCAACGUGGAAUUUAAACUGUCACAUGGAAACAUCUGCUGUACAUGCAUCGGUAUGUCACAACAUCACACCUGCCAUUCCAGUGACAGGCGCAGCUCAGAAUCAGAAUCUUUUUUUAGACUGGAGGAAUCUCUAUAUUUUAAGCAAUUUAUUUGCCGAAUGCCAUAAUUCAGGGGUCCCCAACCCCCGGGCCGCGGACCGGUACCGCUCCGUGACCUGUUAGGAACCGCUCCGUGCCCUGUUAGGAACCGGGCCGCACAGCAGGAGGUGAGAGCGGUGAGUCCGCGCGGGGCCCGCCCCCAUUAUUUUAUUAUUUACCACUUCCAUCCGCGCCUCUUUCCCGCACUGCGUACUCGUCUCAGUCACAGUUUUGGUUCGCCCGCAAGCUCUAACCCCUAGUAGCCACAAUGAGUAAUAAACAAACGUCGCUGGAGAACUUCUUUGAAAAGGGGGAAAGACCCCGUGAUGAACCCCCCCCCCCCCCCCGGGUCCAUGAAAAAAUUGUCUUCCACGAAACUGGUCCCUGGUGCCGAAAAGGUUGGGGACCGCUGCCAUGACUAACACUUAACAUGCACUUCCUCAGUGGCCCAGUGCUCUUACUGUACUGGCACUAUCUUGUGAGAGUAUAUUUAUCUGUUGAAACCGUUGAUAUUGGCACAUGUUUCUAAUUACUCAAUUGGAAUCUACAUAGCAAUCAUUAUCCCUUACUGCGACAACUUGGCAGGAUCUUGAUUCGAAAGAGUCACAAGACUCGGGGGCCUUCUUGGAUCUUCAAGCAUAAUAAUAACGUUUAAAAAAUAAUCUCUGAACAUCAGAAAGUGAAUGGACACAACCAAACAAAGGUGUCCUAUCGGCCGAUAUCUCCACGCAUAGCUCUCAACUCGCGACACAUCGGAACUGAAAGAUAUCCCGUCACAAACCAACUUUUGAUAGUUUUUACCCAAAUAGAUGUUUUUUCAUGUGGUAAGUCGAAAGAUAGCGCGCCGUGUGUAUUCCAAGCAUACGCACGCAUCCCAUGCAGCCUUUGAAAACCCGCAUCCUUUAUCGGCUUGAUCUCUGUGUAGCUGCACUUGACUGGUAUGUGACGGCCUCUUUGUUCUUUUGUCCUGCAAAGAAAUACAGCGCUCACGUGGGUGUGCUGGGGCAUGUCCAACUGACUGCACUGAGAUCAAGGCGAUCUAUCUGUGUCCCAGGGCGCUGCUGCCCAUGUAAGAUCCCUCGGUGAGCAUUGCUCAGAACCUGGGUUCAAACCCCGACGCCCAAUAGAAAGCGUAAACUACUACUCACGUUUGGUAGUCUUGGUUCCGUCACCUGUGGAUGUUUUUUUUUAUAUCCGUGCCCCAUGAUUGGCGUCUACUUCUUUACAACAGGACACUCCAUAAUAAAUGUGUCGUGAAACCCACCACCACCCGACACAGGCAAUUGGUAAGGUAGUUACCGGCAAAAUGUCACGGUACUCGAAUUGCAAAUGUUCUGGGUUUACUCUCCAACACACCGAUGUGCCGAACUAUUAAUGAACUGGCAUGUUUUGUUUACGUGACAAAUCUUACUAAUUAGCUGUGUCGGGUGGUGGCAGGUUCAACAACACAUUUCUCUUCACGCAACCCAAAAAAUCUCUUAUGGAUUAUAUUGGUUGAGAAAGCCUACUACGUGUUAAACAGGACACUGGCAACUUUGGCAAUCAUGAAAUCAGAUGACUGCUGCUCAACAUAGAACACUCAUCUCUCAUCCAAGUCCCUGGAUGUUGGCGUUUAUGGUCUGUGUCAAAAAGUUAUCUUGAUCUCUCUUGAAUGUAGAUGUUGCCCUGUGUUUCUGUAUGAAAUGUGGUUUGCUGAAACAGGAAUCAAACUUGUUUGGUUUGUACUUUAUUUUGUCUCGUCCACCUCUUGUGUCUAUGUAUACCCCUCUGAUUCUAUACACACACGCACAUCUUGAGACUAUAGACACAACAGAGUGGAGUACUGUGUGUGAUCGUGGAGGGUUUAGUCUCUUGAAGUAAGGAACUGCCGUAGAAGUUAGUUGACCCAAAAGGGAGCACCCAUCAGAGACUGAGUUGACAAUUUUUCAUGUAUGUACAGGUUGUUUUAAAAAGAUGGACCCGAUUUGAAAUCGCUAUAUUUCUGCAACCACGAACCGCCCAUGAAUGAAACUCCCUACCACUUGAAAGGGCGGGGCAUAGAGAGCGCGGGGCAUAGACUUUCAAAUGAUGACCGCGAGAUGCCUCUCCCAGCGCACAAACAGCCCCUAGCCUCAGUAAUUCGCAAGACGAUGGCCCCGCAACACAAGGGACGUUUUGCGUUCUGCAGUUCAGCAAGACAAUCCGUAAUUGCGGUGAAGCGUGCGUUUCAAUGACGUUUUGGCAUUGAUCCGCCAAUGUCAAAGAGCAUUCAUCGUUGGUACCGACAAUUUGAGGAAACAGGCUGUGUAUGUGAGCACAGGGCGACUAUGCACCUCAGAGGAAAAGGUAAGAGAGGCGUUUGGGACGAAUUCAACUAUUAUCUCGAUGUUGUCCAUACAGCAGGUGGAGGGCACAUAGAGCAUUUAUAAAAUGGUUAGUAAAACUUGAUAACUCAUUAAACCGUUUGUAACUUUUUGUGUAAUUGUAACAUGUUGCCAUCGUGAAAUAUACUGCUUUGAAAUUGUGUCCCUAUAUUUGAAACACCCUGUAUUUUGAACUUCUUUCGCACCGUACGUAGCCAACGUCCGAAUCGGCCACUCUCUCCUUGGGAUGACUCGUGAUUAUUUCCCAAACACAGGUAAUUAUGUAAUUUGGGGUGGUGAUAAAGCCUCGCGGUAGUGUGUUCCCGCUUCUUUACAGAGGUUCACCGUUCGAAUCCAGCGGCCACCCUGCUUUAAUACUGCGGGUCUAGUAGCCAGACCAACGCACACAGUCAGCUUCACAGUGGACGUCAAAGGUGCUGUGAUGUCCUUCGAGUGAGCAGUCCGAUCUGUGCCUGGUGUCACGGUCCAAAUUUUAUUUUUAAUUUCCUGCAAAUUACUAAAUUAGAAAAUACAAAGCAGCCGUCACCCACGACUGCGAGACCUCGAAAGAACCCUCCUGAAGGAGAAGUCACGAGACUCGGUGAUAUUUUCCUGGAUAAACAAGCGUAGUAGUAGUAAUAAUCAUCAGAAUCGGAAACAUCUAGUCAACCCCUGGGAUGUGGUGCGCGCGCUUUUGAUGGUUGGCCGGGGCCCUGCCAUGCUGCCGCUGCUAUUAAGCCGCAUGAAUGAUUACAUUAAAUAAUGCAAAUACACCGCGAGUAAGAUGCCAAAACUAACCAAUAUUGAUUUCUAGUUGUGAAACUGAAUGAUAUUCGAAGCUUGAAUAAACACUAUUCUUGCAAUAUUUAAUAAACAAGGGCUGUGAAGUGUUUAUUUAUACAUAAUGGAAAUUUGCUCUACGCGUAUUCUGACGCUGCCGACUUUUCUCUCUCCGCAAGCCACGUUCCCCAUGUUGACUACAAUACGAGAUCCGGCUCUUACAAUCCAAAUCACUUUUUAGUUGUUUUGGGUAAGAAUUUCCAAAACAGCUCCCCUCCCACCCCCACUUCCCUACCACACAGUCGUCGGGUUUCACCGCGCUCAGCCCAGCUCGCAACCUGCAAGGAUACAAUUUUAAAUUCUCCAGGGUUGAUAAAAUCAGUACAGCUACCUCUCGGUUUGUGUUCUUGAAAAACGGCGCGUACCUCAAAAUUGUGUAAAUAAAAAAAA